AUGAAGAAGAUUCAAGCCAUGAAAAAGUACAAGAAGCAACAAGUUCUAUGUAACCUUAUCGUUUAUUCUUUAACAGCAUUCACAUGCAUGUUGUUUUGUUCUAGUCCCUUCUGGCAUCCCCCUCUACGUGCCACUAUGAACGUCUUCCUCACCAUCUCUCUACCAAAAAUGACAUCACUUUUCUUGGGAUCCAAAUUUCUCUUCAUAUUAGGCAACCUCAUUGUUAUAUUCCUCGUCCAACAGUCCAAUAUCUUCAACCCAGAUUCGUCUUCGGGUUGUGAUGUUUGUUAUGAUGAGUACGUUAAUAGGACUCGAACCCUUCGAAAUCACUCUCCUCUUGACAAGAAGGAAGAGAGGAAAUUGGUUGAGUCACUUGAGAAUGUCCAAGGUACUCAUGAGGAUUUAGACGGAGAGGAGCUGAGUUUGCCUGCUGAAGAGCUAAACAAGAGGGUUGAUGAUUUCAUUGCAAGGAUCAACAAACAAAGAAGGCUUGAAGCUGUACAACAGUUUGGAAAAAGGAGAGAGCAGCGUCUUCGAAUAGUAGCUGAGUGUGCACGAGAGUUGGGGGCUGCUGACGUUAUAGCAAUUCGUGCUGAUGUUUCCAAUGUUGAUGACUGCAAGCUCGUCGUUGAUGAAACCAUGAAUCGCUAUGGCUGUCGAAUGGCUAUUUUGGAUGUGUCCUCUGCGAAUCCAACACAGAAACUUGGUAGAACAUGA